GAACCUUCUGGCGAGCCGAGGAAUGUCUAUGUAAAUUAUCCUUUGGGAGUCCUGGAAGUCAGUGUUCACGGGGAACCUAUUGCUCGCUAUGAGAGAAACAAGGUCCGGACUACCAAUUUAUGCGAGCAAUUUAGGCGGUCAAACCUAUUUUCCCUUACCCUCGUCGUGAUUCAACGUUCCUUCUUGUUUGACGCAGCGUCGGGCGCCAUCUUGGUCCUACCCCUUGCAUUUAUUCUCACCGUCACUGACAUCAAAGAUGCUGUGGAAGACUAUCGCCGUGAGACUCUCGACGAAGAGGUGAAGACGUCGGCGACAACAAAAUCAGGCUCGUGGCGUAAUGUCAACCAACCGACAGACCCCCGGCCCUGGUUCGAAAAGAUGCUGGGUAUCAACCCACCGGGGAAAGUUACUAAAGGCGUACGCAAACUUCGUGACCGAGAGGCUAAUGAGGCUGGCCAUGGCGUUCGUGUUAUGCUUAGCAAAACCAGCGAUACCUCCACCACGAGUUUUGAUCUUGAUCAUGCACGCUCAAGUUCUGGUUGGCAGUUGGAUGAUAUCCAGAGGGCCGUUUCCCAUAGUUACCCUCCGGACGCAUCAUCGCUUUCUGAUACAUCAACGCAGCGUAAUUCUACCACGGAAUUCCGGCAAUUGAAGCAGAAUGAUGACUCCCAAUCUACGCUAGGCGUAAUUGAUUCGAAGCGGCGAAAUGGAGGU